AUGCCAGCCUUUAUCCUCCGACACCAACAUUUCUACUUGAUGUGCUUUAAUUUCAUGACAUCAAGACUUCAAGUCAUAGACAACAGGCCUAUUCCUGAAGGAAUUAAAGCUCAAGACAAGUAUGAGGGAUGUCCAGAGAAACUAUUGAUUGCCUUCACUAAGUAUCUCAGCCUAAAGAAGAGUCCACUUGGAAAGAAGAUGAAAUCUAUGAAAGUGCAAUACAUGGAGAUGCCUUGGCAAAAUGAAGAAAAUGCUGUAGAUUGUGCCGUAUACACCAUGAGGCAUAUGCAGACUUAUACAGGCACGUCAAUAGCAGACUGGGAUGCAAGACUCACUAGAGGCCAAGAAGAUUAUACAUUCCUCACAUCACUAAGACCUAAAUAUGCAGCGACCAUACUCAUGUCACCAUGGAAUACCCUGCUACCAGAAGUGACCAAUGCACUGCUUAUUCACAAAUUUUCCGUGCUUCACUGUUUUCUUGGCAAUAAACAACCAACUUCUGAAAUUUUCUAG